GUUUCUUUUCCUGCCAAUUCUUCCCGUCUGUUCAAUCUCUUGAAUGUGCUUUUGUUGAAAUGUUUAAGAGUAGCUUUCAGCUUUACUAAGAGUGUUCAAGAGCGCCGGGUUCCAAUUUCUUGUUUAUGAUUCAAGGGCUUAAUCGAGUGUGGAUGCUAAUCUUCAUAACCGAGCUGAUGCCUACAAGACAACCGCAACUGUGAUGAGCUUGGUGUUUCGCUGAAUUCCUGAUUUAUGGGGCUUUAUGUAUACAUCUGAUGUUGAUUUCCAAUUUUGGCACAUCUCCUCUAUGCUGUACUCUAAAGUCCUUGUCCAACAAAUUAGGCGGCUUAAUUUGCUGUUGUAAUUCAACAAAUAAGUAUAAGAGGCUGGAUGCGAAGCUUCAAAGGAAAAUGGUGGAAGUUAAGAGAGGUACACUGAAACAUAAAAACUUCAGAUCAAUUAACAGUAUAAUCAUGAGGUUCCCCCUGUUCAAAGAGGAACUUAAAAACAUCAGAGGGGUGUUUGAACAGUAUGAUGAAGACAGCAAUGGAACUAUUGACUGUGAGGAACUAAAGAAAUGCUUACACAAACUGCAGCUUCAUCUGACAGAGAAGGAUAUUGAUGAUCUUUUCCAUUCCUGUGACAUGGAUGAGAGUGAAGGAAUUCAAUUCAAUGAGUUUAUUGUUCUUCUGUGCCUCAUCUAUCUUCUAGUGGAGCCUUCCUCUUCACACAGUACAUCAAAGAUGGGUUCUCCACAGCUUGAUGCCACAUUUGAUACUAUAGUUGAAGCAUUCUUGUUUCUUGAUAAAAAUGGUGAUGGAAUGCUGAACAAGAAAGACAUGGUCAAGGCAUUGAACGGCGCUUCUGCUUGGGAGAAAUCACCUGCACAUAUUACUCGAACUAGAUUCAGAGAAAUGGACUGGGACAAGAAUGGGAAGGUCAGCUUCCGGGAGUUUGUCUUUGCUUUUACCAAGUGGGUUGGGAUUGACAUAGACACAGAUGAUGAAAUCCCUGUGAGAGGAAGUUAAACUGGAAGGUAUGCUCCUGCGCAAGGAAGCAGUCUGUAGUGAGGUCAGAUGGAUGCACUUUGUAUAUAUCCAAAAUAACCCAACCAACAAAGUGUAUAAAUGAAUGUUGUUUUACCAUAAUUUGAAGAAUGUUUUAGUUUUUAUGCUGUUCCAAAUGGUAUAAAUAUGGACCAUUUUGUGCAUCUGCAAAUUGGGAUAUGAACAAAGACUCGGUAAGCUGUAAUAAAAGCAUUUUUGUAUCC